CAGUCACCUGUAUUGUAAGUAGAUCCUGAGCCUGUGUACUGUUGCUUCGAGGGGACGCUUGUUUUUGUUUUUAUUUUUUUUUUCUUUAUAUCUUCUCUUGUUUUGCUUUUGGUGAAGUUUUACCACCCUGACUGUCUUUAAAGGAAUACGGAUGUCUUUUCACCUAACUUCUCCUCGAUGUGAACAUUUCGAGUUCACCUGAUGAAAUCAUGCGUCGUCUUCUCUACGCUCAUGUAUUCCUAUGCUGCCUGAGUGUGGCCCAUUCCUUCUGUCCAUCGCAAUGCACCUGUGUUUCCCAUGGACAGAACGAUGGAACAGGAACCAGAUCUGUACUCUGCAAUGACCCAGACAUGUCUGAUAUCCCUGUAAACGUCCCUGUGGAUACAGUCAAACUUCGUGUUGAGAAAACAGCUGUCCGGCGAAUCCCAACAGAAGCCUUCUACUACCUGGUGGACCUACGGUACCUUUGGAUUACCUACAAUUCCAUCACCACAGUGGAUGCUGGAAGUUUCUACAACCUCAAAGUGCUUCAUGAGCUGAGGCUGGAUGGGAAUAUGAUUUCUAUAUUCCCUUGGGAGUCACUAAAGGAGAUGCCCAAGCUGAGGACUCUGGAUCUCCACAACAACAGGAUUACAAAUGUUCCCCUAGAGGCAAUCCCCUAUUUCUUAAAUAUUACCUACUUGGAUCUAUCCAGCAACAAGUUAUCCAGCCUGCCCUCUGAUCUCAUGGAUAUCUGGCCCCCCUUCAAUGGAAUGCCCGUCUCUUCUAAUACCUCCCAGAAAACUGUUCUAGGUCUUCAAGAUAACCCCUGGUACUGUGACUGCAAAAUCUCCAAGCUGAUUGAGCUUUCCAAAAUGUCCGACACACCAGUGAUUUUGAUGGACAUGUUCCUGUCCUGCAGUGGACCUGAGAACCUGGCUGGUGUCCUAUUUCAACGAGCUGAGCUAGACCAAUGUGUAAAACCAUCAGUCAUGACUUCUGCGACCAAGAUCACAUCUUCUUUAGGUAGUAAUGUACUCCUGCGUUGUGAUGCCACAGGUUACCCAACACCAACCCUCGUAUGGACCAAAUCAGAUGGCUCACCUGUCAACAACACUGUCCAAGAGUCUCCUGGGGAGGGUGUCCGAUGGUCCAUCAUGAGCUUGCAUGGGAUAUUGUACAAAGAUGCUGGAAAUUACAGCUGCAAGGCUAAGAAUUUUGCGGGCAAUGCAGAGGCCAUCAUUUCUGUCUCAAUAGCUGGCGCCUUCACUACUACUAUCCUCCCUUCCACACCCAGUGCUGAGACUGGAGCAGAGACCCAAUCCACAACACUUACUACCCCAACUGCCAUUCCCAGUACGCCCUCUGUUGCAUCUACUGCCAUGCCUAGAAUGCAAACUACAACACGUGCUAUCUCCACAAAAAGGAAAACCACGCCUAGUGAUGGUCUACAGACUAGCUCAGUCAAACCUGCAAAGGUCCAGCAAGGAAGUAAUGGAGAAAAGCUUGCAGCACAUGAAGAGAGCAAUAAGAAUGAUACAUCAAAGUCUGUCAAAGACCUAAAGAUUGUGGAGAUAACAUCAGAUAGUGCAGUGUUGCUCUGGACCACAGAUGGUUUACAGAGUGACGCCCCACUCACAGUUGUGUAUUCGCCAUAUGGUGAGGAUGACAGCAAGAGUACAGUGGAAACCAGUGCUGGUAGUGGCAAAGUGCUGUUGGAGGGACUGGCACCUGGGCUGAGGUACUCAGUUUGCCUUGUGACAAAGGGAAAAGACCCUUGCAUUGACUUUUCUACUUUAGAAGUUGUAGAGGAUGGUGGGCAGAACCAGCUGUUCAUGAUCAUAAGUGGCAUUGCCUGUGCUGUGGCUGUGCCUCUCAUUGCCUUCCUGCUCUAUAAAAUCAUUGCUCUGUACUGCAAGGGAAGUACACCUAUAGACGAAGAGGAGCUUGAAAAAGAGAGUUAUGUCAAGUUUGAGACAAUUUCAAUGAAACAAAGGACACUAAACUCUCACCCAACCGAGCUUUGGGCCCGGCGACAGACUCAAGAGUCAGAGCGGAUGCUCCUAUGCUCCAGGUCGAGCAUUGACUCUCAGCUGACCUAUAAGAGUGACAGUUCCAGGUCUGAAUAUCUCUGCUGACACAAGGAAUUCAGACCUGUCUGACAGACUCUAUACUAGUAACAUUCUAUAUUAAAUGUACUUUAUAUGCCUUUUAUGACAAUGGUAAACAAUUAACUAUUAACAAAUCAUUUAUAAAUCUUUAUAAGCAAUUAGGAAAUUGUUAGUGGAUCCGUGACUUGGUAAGAAACAUCAAAACAGGUAUAGCAAGGUUACACACAUUUGUGGAGCUGUGUAGCAAUAAUCUGUUGUAAUUAUCUGAUGGUUUAAAGCAAUUUUUAUAUUUAAGUUAUCCUAUAACAAAUGAUUCAUAAAGAAAACUAUUAAUUUAUAAAGAUUUAUAUAAUGAUUUCUAAAUGAGUAACAUACAAUGUUACCAAAGAAAACAAAAAACAAACAAAAACAAACAAACAAAAAACUGGCCGUUGUUUGGUUGUCCAAAAAUCUGUUUUGUCACAACUCAGUCAAUAUAAUGACUGAUACUUUUAUUUAUGCAAUUAUUAUGGAGCCUUACAUUUGGUGAAAAAAAUUCAAAUGGUUGUCAUUCCAGCACAGAAUUUUUGUUCAACUUUGCAUAAUCUUGCAAUCAUCCAAAAAAGCUGUCAGUAAUGUUUGUGGUGUUCAUGAUGCCAAAAGUUCAGUGUGUCUCAGACUUAAAAUUUACCUUUGAAUACCAUAUGAUGGUGUCAAGUAAUACCAAAUCAAGAGCUAUUUAUAGAGUAUGUAUGAAUGAUGCUAUGUAUAACUAUAUGUAAGGGAUAAUUCAUUACAUGGUGCACAUUAAAGACUUGAUAAUGCACCCUGGAGUGGAUCAUCCCACUUAUACCAUGGCCACUUGCCAGAUAAUUAAUUUAGGGAGUUGCAUACUCUGAAAAUAACUAUUUUCUACUCACACUAUUUUUGUACAGGUCCGACAGCCAAAUAAUGCCAGCAGCUCAAUCAGUUAACAUUAUUCAACCUAAGCCACAGCCCUGUAGGCAUGUGGAAUUUGGCAAAAUGGAUUAAAUAUUACACAUAUCUACAAAAAAAAUGGCUCAGCUAGUUUAAUAUUGGUGUUAAAAUUAUGCCAGUGUUAAUUACUGGAAAUAAUCACAACAGAUUUGAAGCAAUAUGUAUUUUAAAAACAGGGUGGAGUGUGGUGGCUGAUGACUAACCUAGUCAGCCUUGCACUUCAGUUUCAGCUUGUUGCUGUGGUUAAACACGUAUGAACUACAUACGCAUUGCACACUUUGAACGCACACCAUCCAACCAAUCAUAAACAAGUGUUCAGCCAGACCAUGGUAUUAAGAUAUAUAAAGUAUCAUUCACUGCUUAUUUAUACCAUCAUGGUUCCUUCAAACUGAUUGUUGCCUUAUUCUACAUCUAAGUACUGUUAACCCAUGUGUAAUAGAGUGUUUGACUCAUCCAAUACCCUUUGCCAGUUUCUGUGUGAUGAAAUGUAUGUAUUUGUCUAUAAAUGGAGUUGUACAUUUCUUUUUAAUAAAUUGAAAACUUGUGAAUUUAA